GUGAGCUGUGAUUGGUCACAGCUUGUCGCAUGGUACGAGGCUGUUGUGAAUAGCCCUGUACCAUGUGACCUCUGUGAUCAUUCACAGAUUUCACACGUAGUAAGCAAUGAUGUCACAAGUGACAUCUUGCUUACUACUUUGCAUGUGAUCACUGAUUGGCCAGGAUGAUGCCAAUGCCUAUCAUACUGCCUGUAUAGACUUCUCUUUUAAGUCAUUGUGUCAGCUUCCUUUGCUCCUCUCUCCUAGCAGUAAGGCUGUCCAUACGCUAUACAAUUUUCUGCCCAAUUUCCUUUAGAUUUACCUUCAACUAUGUAGUGCAAGGGCCUGACUAA